GCACUGAAGGAGACCAGCAACAACAAGGAACCAUGGCAGGGUCUUGUUAUGGCAACAUAAUGAAUGUUGAAACUACUGGGGCUUCUCUUGGGGUUGCAAGAGCAGAAGGCCUGAAUUAUGGUGGAGUCCAAGCUUCAGAAACGAUUGCAGCCAAAGACUUAAAACAUAUGGAGAAGUACAAAACAAUAAUUAAGCAUGUCAGUGAAAGAACAGGCAUUGAUGGAGCUGUGAUCGCAGGUAUAGUAUCUCGAGAAUCUCAUGCUGGAACCAUCCUGGACAAUGGCUGGGGUGACCAUGGAAACGGAUUUGGCUUGAUGCAGGUUGAUAAAAGAUACCAUAAAAUAGAAGGCACGUGGGAUAGUGAGGCACAUAUUACUCAGGGUGCCAACAUUCUACGGGACAUGAUAGACGGUGUUGCUAAGAAGUUUCCACAGUGGACCAAGGAACAGCAGCUCAAAGGUGGAAUUUCAGCCUAUAAUGCAGGACUUCGUAAUAUCCAAACCUAUGACAGAAUGGAUAUUGGCACAACAGGGAAUGAUUAUGCCAAUGAUGUUGCUACCAGAGCCCAGUUUUUCAAGAAACAAGGAUAUUAAUCAAGGGCUUAAUCUCUUAUUUGACUACCUUUAAGUAGUAAUUUACAACAAACUCUUUCAGUAAAACUUAAUUUUUAUAUUAUCUAUAAAAUAUAAUUCUGCUUGCUUGAAGAGAUUCACAAUUUUUAUUAAGAUUAGGAGCUAAUGGCUUAGACAGACCAAGUUGUGACGCAGGAAUCUUGUUUAAAAUUUCGCCUCUGCUUCCAGCUCACUAGCGACAGCCUUUCUGUGCACUCCUAUGCAUAAUUCAUCCAGUCAAAAUCAGUCGACUGCAAUGGACUUCGUCUGGAGUAACUUCGUAAAGGAUUAUACAAUUAGUAACCCUUCUAGUAUAUGUGGACAAUACUCACCAUCAUGUAGAGUUUUCUAAAGACUGUUGAAACAACAUACAAGACAUGCAUUUAAGAUUGUCUCAUCCACUAUGCUAGAUAGGACAGAAAUAAUAUGGCAGAGAUGACCCAGUCCAUCAAACCUCUGAAUUGUUUUUAUGUCACUAUUCUAGGCAGAUCACUUGGCAUUCUUACUAUAUUGGAGGAAAUAAAUGUUGUCUGUUUAAAAGAAUGUAAAUAAACAUUAUUUUCCGCGUAACUUUGUUUUUGUGCUUGCAAAUUACCAGUUCAUCCACAAACUGACUAUCCAUAUACAUCCAAUGUAAAAUAAUGCAUAACUGCAAGAAAAUAAAGACUGUCAAUCUGCUGUGGUCUUCCUGUCUACGGACUGAAACCAGACAAACAGAUGUGAAAAAAGUUAACAAGUGGUUUGCCAA